AUGGCACAGCAAAAUUAUACGUGCUUCGGCGUUCUGGAACCUUUCGAUGGCGGGGAUUUUAUAGAUUACAGUGAGAGACUGAAUGCAUAUUUUAUUGCAAAUAACAUUGGCCAAGUCGCAGCAGAUGCAAAUGAAGCUGCAAAACAAGCUGCAGACAAAAGGAAAGUCGCCGUAACUAUUUCGGUGAUGGGGAAAAGCACAUACAGUACUUUGAAAGAUCUCUGCCUCCCUGAUUUACCAGCUGAAAAGUCGUACGAAGAAAUUAUUACAAUACUCAAAGGAUUUUACAAACCGAAAGUACUCGAAGUCGCAGAGACAUACCGAUUUCAUCAAGCAGUUCAAACGGAAAGCGAAAGUGUAGCUCAAUAUGCAAACAAAUUGAAGCGUUUAGCUGUUCAUUGUAAUUUUGGCACCUAUCUCACAAGGGCAUUACGAGAUCAAUUUGUUGGGGGCGUUCGAAGUAGAAGUACUAGAAAGAAACUUCUUUCUGAAGACAGGACAUUUGAUCAAGCAGUAAAGGUUGCCCAAGCAGAUGAACUAGCAGAAAAAGAAUCGAAAGAAUUGCUUCUCAGUGCGGAAAGAACGGAAACCACACAAGCCCACAGUAUAUCAAACAAGAAGAAAUAUCAUUUCAAAGGCGGGGAUGCAAACAAGGCAAAACCUUUUGAGCAAGGGAAAACUUGUUUCAGAUGUGGAUCUACACAACAUUUGGCAGACAAGUGCAGCCAUACCUAUACAACAUGUAACUAUUGUAAAAAGGCGGGACACUUGGCAAAAGUAUGUUUCAAGAAAAAGAAGGCAGAUAGCAAUGCCAAGGCACAUAACAUUGUAGCAACACAUACUGAUGAAUCUAGUGACAGUGACAGUGAUAUGAAUUCUGUCAACGGUACACCAGUAACUAUUUUUAUGCAGAAUAUAAAUUCUGUGGGACAGAAAUCAGAAAUAUCGCCACAAUACAAAUUGGGAGUGAAUAUUAAUGGUCAAGAAGUCUCCAUGGAAAUUGACACUGGAAGUUCAGUAACAUUAUUAAAUUCUGGUGAUUUUGAAAGAAUGGGUGGUGACACAAAUGUUUUGAAACCUUCUACAGUGGUACUUAAAAGUUAUACGGGAAAUGAAAUCAAGUGCUAUGGAGAAGACAACAUGAAAGUCAAAGUGGGAGAACAA